AUGAGCGGUCCUCAGCCCUUGCAGGAGGAAAGAUAUGAUAUGUCGGGUGCCCGUCUGGCCCUGACACUAUGUGUCACCAAAGCCCGAGAGGGUUCUGAGGCAGACAUGGAUGCCCUGGAACACAUGUUUCGUUACCUGAGAUUUGAAAGUACCAUGAAGAGGGAUCCUACUGCCCAGCAAUUCCUGGACGAGUUGGACAAAUUUAAGCAGACCAUAGAGAACUGGGAAGAGCCUGUCAGCUGCGCCUUCGUGGUGCUUAUGGCGCACGGCUUGGAAGGCGUCCUCGAGGGAGAAGAUGAGAAGAUGGUCAGGCUGGAGGAUCUUUUUGAGGUCUUGAACAACAAGAACUGCAAGGCCCUGAGAGGCAAGCCAAAAGUAUACAUCAUUCAGGCCUGCAGAGGAGAGCACAGAGACCUCGGUGAAGAAAUAGGUGAAGAUCGGGUUGCUGCGAUCACAAAGGACAACCCCCAAACUAUCCCAACCUACACGGACACCCUCCACAUCUAUUCCACGGUAGAGGGGUACCUCUCCUAUAGACAUGACGAGAAAGGUUCUGGCUUCAUCCAGACCCUGACAGAUGUGUUCACAAAUAAAAUAGGGUCCAUCAUGGAACUGCUAGAAGAGGUAACCCGAAUUAUGGCAGAAACAGAGGUGAUGCAGGAAGGAACGCCGAGGAAAGUGAACCCUGAAAUCCAAAGCACCCUCCGGAAGAAGCUCUAUCUGCAGUAA